AUGUCUUCGCAUCAGCCGGUCGUGAAGCCGUCCCCCGCCGGGUCCAUCACGUCGUCUGACCGUGGCGGUCCUGAUCCCAAGUCGCCGGCCGAUGACAAGGUCACUGUCGAUGCGGCGUCUCCGACAGCGCCUCCGCUUGCGACGCAGCAGACUCAGCGCAUGGAGGCGACGAUGGGAGAUGCCAUUCUCCGAUUCUUCAAAAUUCGAAAGGGCCCAAGAGCGGAAGAGUACGACCUCGAUGCGAUUGCCACGCAGCCUAGUAUCUGGGACUCAGAGAAGGUCGAAGAAUACAAGAGCCUCUACAUCCACCCGCAAUGGGAGAACUGGGCUGCUUUCGAUCCCAGUUUUCGGUGGACGUGGAGGGAAGAGCGCGCAGUCAGGCGCAAGGUGGAUUGGAAGAUUAUGGUUUGGGCUUGUGUGAUGUUUGCAUCUCUCAACAUUGAUCGAAAUAACAUCUCCAACGCCGUGUCCGACAACAUGCUCGACGAUCUUGGGUUGACCCGGGGCGACUACAACCUUGGCCAAACAAUAUCUCGAGUUGGCUUCCUCGUUGCCGAACUUCCAUCUCAGCUGAUUUCCAAGCGCAUUGGGCCUGAUCUAUGGAUACCGAUCCAGCUCUGCCUCUUCUCCAUCAUAUCUGGCGCUCAGUUCUUCCUCAAGGGCCGGGCAUCUUUCCUUGCGACAAGAUACUUGAUCGCGACUUUCCAAGGAGGUUUCAUCCCGGACACAAUUUUGUACCUCAGUUACUGGUACACCGUCGAUAUUGGGGUUGGAUUCGCCGCUGUUGGUCUAAUUUCGAUGCGCGGUAUUUUGGGGUACGAGGGCUGGCGAUGGUUAUUCCUCAUCGAAGGUGCAUUCACUUUCUGCGUUGGAUUAUGCUCAUUCUUCCUCAUGCCUCAAUGUCCUGCCAAGACAAAGAGCUGGUGGAAUCCAAAGGGCUACUUCAAUGAGAAGGAAGAGAAGAUUAUCGUCAACUCUGUCAUCCGAGAUGAUCCCCAAAAGGGCGGCAUGUACAACAGGCAAGGUCUCUCCAUCAAACAGAUCUGGCAGUGCUCCAAGGACUACGACAUGUGGCCUCUGUACGCCCUUGGCUUGCUCUUCGGUUUGCCAAAGUAUCCCGUCAACCAAUACCUCAGCUUGUCGCUCCGAGACCUGAAAUUUAACGUCAUCCAAACAAACCUUCUUUCGAUUCCCUGGAUUAUUGGAUCUAGCAUCACCAUGCUGAUGAUCACGGCUGCGAGCGAGUUAUGCAACAACCGCAGUUUCGUGGCCAUGGCUGAGGAUGCUUGGCUGCUGCCUUGCUUCAUCGCCUUGAUUGUACUGGCGAAUCCGGGCCCGUGGGCUUACUUUGCGAUUUCGACAGUGUUGCUGUCUUUCCCUUAUACGCACCCUAUUCAAGUUGCCUGGACUAGCAGGAAUGCUGGAUCAGUCCAGAACAGAACGGUUUCUGCAUCUCUGUACAACAUGUGGGUUCAAGUCAGUGGCAUGAUUGGCGCAAACAUCUACCAACCAAGUGACGCCCCACGAUAUUUCAAGGCCAACAAGGGCCUUUUGGUUAUUUGCAUUUGGAUGUGUGUGGUGCAAUACCCUUUUACCUACUUCUACUAUCGGUGGAGAAACAACAGCAAGGCCAAGAAGUGGGAUGCCAUGACACCAGAACAGCAGCACGACUACCUCGCAAACACGACGGAUAAAGGCAACAAACGGCUCGACUUCCGAUUCGCCACCUGA